CGAACCUGCAGCUACCUUUGUCUCCUUGCAAGGAGAAUUUUCAUAUUUUCAAUUUCCCCCGAUUUUAUUUCCUUUUUGUAACUCGACAGUUUGCACUUUGUGCAUCCGUUUACUUUCGUUUUCCCGCUGUCUUCUCCCUAUCUACCGGAGACGCCUGUAUAUGUUGGGCGCGAGUUCAUACACCUCACGCUAUCUAUAUUCACAUAUUGCACCAUCAACAGUUCAUAUCUUCUUAUUUUAUUUUAUUUUAUUUCUCUGGCUUGGGUUGAGGACCGGGGUAAAGCAAAAACGGGUGUUGAACAGGAGAGAGAGACUUGGUUACAGGGCUUAUUCCCUGAAGAUGGUACUGGGGGGCGCAUGCUACGCACAUGCAGACUAUCGGGACAGGAUGGGUCGGGCGUCUUUUCUCCAAGACGGACACUCAAGGGCAACAUGGGUCUCUUCAGUCUCUCAGUCUCUUCUCGGAGGGUCAAAUGUGAACGAGGGGAGAGAAGCAGGCUGGUGCGGUCUCCUCCCUUGUCUUGAGGACAGACUCUUGGGGAUCUUGCCCACCCUUUUUACUCUUUGCUCUUUUCCCUUUUCCUAGCAGUAACAAUAAUAGAUCAGUCCGUCUGCUCAUCUGAAUUCAAGUUGAACCGCGAUGACAUGUGUUCUCUGUAUCAUCUAUCAGAUGUAUUACGUGGUUCGGCCAGGGGUCCACGACAAACUUGUAGCUAUCCCCACAUGCAACUACUCGCUACUAUUACUCUAUAUUAAGGUUAAGAGAGAUGAAAGGCUGUCCACGACCUAAGACGAUUUCGCUU